ACUGUUGCUUUCCCAGGCAGCCGCCGAAGAUGGUGGAGGGGCAGGUCCUGGUGCUGGAUGGCAGAGGCCAUCUCCUGGGGCACCUGGCGGCCAUUGUGGCCAAACAGGUACUGCUGGGCCGGAAAAUGGUGGUUGUGCGUUGCGAGGGCAUUAACAUCUCUGGCAAUUUUUACAGAAAUAAGUUAAAGUACCUGGCCUUCCUCCGCAAACAGAUGAAUACCAACCCAUCUCGUGGACCCUACCAUUUCCGGGCCCCCAGCCAUAUUUUCUGGCGCACUGUGAGAGGCAUGCUGCCCCACAACACCAAGCAUGGCCAGGCUGCCCUGGACAGCCUCAAGGUGUUCGAUGGGAUCCCACCACCCUAUGACAAGAAAAAAUGGAUGGUGGUUCCUGCUGCCCUCAGGGUUGUACGACUGAAGCCUACAAGAAAGUUUGCCUACCUGGGGCACCUGGCACAUGAAGUUAGCUGGAAGUACCAGGCAGUGACAGCAAUCCUGGAGGAGAAGAGGAAGGAGAUGGCUAAGAUCCACUACCAGAAGAAAAAGCAGCUCAUGAGGCUACGGAAACAGGCUGAAAAGAACGUGGAGAAGAAAAUUAACAAAUACACAGAGGUCCUCAAGACCCACGGACUCCUGGUCUGAGCCCAAUAAAGACUUUAUUCCUUAAAAAAAAAAAAA